GCCAGCUGCACCGCCGCCGUCUUCUCUUCCACCGGUGACUCCAGCAGCUCCGCCACCAUCUUCUCCUCUCCCGCCACCCGUCACGCCAGCUGCUCCGCCGGCAUCAUCUCCUCCCCCGCAACCACCGGUGACGCCAGCAGCUCCACCGGCAUCGUCCCCUCCCCGGCAGCCACCCGUCACGCCGGCUGCUCCGCCGGCAUCGUCCACUCCCCCACAGCCACCGGUGACGCCUUCUGCCCUGCCAGAAUCUUCUCCUCCUCAACAACCUGCGGCGUCUCCUCCACCGGUGGUGCCGCCAGUGACACCUGCCCCACCAACACCAUCUGCGUCGCCACCCGUGACACCUGUGCCACCGACGCCAUCUACGCCUUCUCCGGUUGCGCCUGCACCAUCAAUGCCUUCACCGUCCCCUCCGGUGACGCCAGCUCCCUCCCCACCUUCUCCGACGAACCCAGCACCAUCCCCGCCUUCACCAGCAAUGCCAACGCCAACAACGCCAUCGACGCCUUCUCCAGUAAACCCGGCACCACCAUCGCCAUCUCCAGUAAACCCGGUACCACCGACAUUACCACCACCGUCUCCAACGGGGCCCACACCAUCAGCGCCACCGCCGUCUUCCCCGGUGAACCCGCCACCACCAACGUUGUCUCCGCCGUCUCCAGCUCUGCCUAUUCUAGUGAACCCUGCACCACCGACGCCGUCUCCAGCACAGCCAACGCCACCAACAUCGCCUCCGACGUCACCAGUGAACCCAGCGCCACCAGCGUCGUCCCCUCCUGCUCCGGUGAACCCUGCACCACCAACAGUGUCACCGCCAUCUACCGUGGCGCCUGCACCACCAAUGCCAUCGCCGUCCGGUCCAGUUAACCCGGCACCACCAAAGUCUCCAACCAAGCCGACACCACCAACACCAUCUCCGGUGAACCCGGCACCACCAACUACGACCCCACCUUCACCUGGCACGCCAACGACACCACCAUCGCCUCUUCCGCCGCCUGCAACAACGCCGUCUCAGCCAAUGCCACCACCAGCUCCAGCUUCGAGCAAACUGCCAACCCCAAUCCCUGCCACUCGUCCUCCUCCUAGUCUAACACCGCCUUCGCUACAGCGUCCACCGCCGGGUUUACCCCCAUCACCGGCGCAACUGUCUUCGCCACCGCAUUCAUCACACGCAUCCAAAACAGUGAUCGGCAUCUCCGUGGCUGCCUCGGCAGUGUUCGUGAUCGCCCUCGUGGCCGGGCUGUUCUACUUCCGGACACGACGCCGCCAACGCCGCCACGGCAGCCGUCCGCGGUCCAGCUCGUCAGGGUCUCAUCUCUUGAAGUCUCUUUUCAAGUGGGCGACCAAAUUUGGCAACUGCCGAGUAAAAGUUAGUAGUACUGCUUGA